AUGGAGUCUCUCAAUCGGCAAUCCUUCUUCAAAGAUAUCCAAUCGAGAGAACUCAAUGGAUUCCGAGUAAGAAAAAGACCGUAUUAUAUGGGGAACGAUUCCCAAGAUUUGGCUCCAACCGGGUCUGUUGCAGUGGAACACGACGGCGAUCUGUCACCUCCAAUGGCCCUGUCUUUCUGCAAGACAAAUAAAAAUGCCCACAUUCUCGCUCUCACCGACGAAGGGGGUUAUAUUGGACUGUACAAUACAAGGCAGAAGUUUCCGGAUUCCUCACAUUACGGAGAAAAUGCAGAAAAAGCCAAGGUGUCGGAGUGGGUUGCUCACGAUAAUGCCAUAUUCGAUAUUUGUUGGAUCAAGGAGGACACAAAUUUAUUAACAGCCUCAGGAGAUCAAAGUAUUAAGGUAUGGGAUACGCAAGAAAAGAAAUGCAUCAGAGCAUUAAUGGGACAUACUGGGAGCGUGAAGUCCAUUAGUUCCCAUCCCACCAAUCAGGAUCUUGUCGCGUCUGGUUCAAGAGAUGGGUCGUUUGCUCUAUGGGACACAAGGUGCUCCAAUACCUACCAGAAGCUUUGUGUAUCGCCAAUUAGUACUGUCCACCAGGCUCAUCUUUCUUGUGGUCGAAGAAGGUUUAGGCGUGGAAAGGCUGAGUCCAUGAGCAUCACAUCUGUUCUUUAUCUUAAAGAUGAAGUUUCCAUUGCUACGGCUGGAGCAGUUGACAGUGUUAUUAAGUUCUGGGACACUAGGCAUCUUAAAGGUCCAGUUACUCAAGCAUGCCCUCAGUCUGAAUCAAGUGCAAAGGAUAAGAGAUUACAUGGCAUAUCUAGCUUGUCUCAAGAUUUGAAUGGAGUAUUUAUCACAGCCUCGUGCAUGGAUCACAGAAUAUACAUGUAUAAUGUACUUCAGCUUGAAAUGGGGGCCAUAAAAACUUUCUCCGGAGGCCGAAUUGAAUCAUUUUUUGUUAAGUCAGUAAUCAGUCCUGAUGCAUCUCAUAUACUCAGUGGUUCCAGUGAUGGAAAUGCCUACAUAUGGCAGGUGCAUAAACCUUACAUGGAUCCUAUCACUUUGAAAAGCCACGACGGAGAAGUCACAGCUGUUGAUUGGUGUCCAUCAGAGAUGGGGAAAGUGGCAACCUGUUCAGAUGAUUUCACAGUCCGUUUUUGGGAUAUCCAAAGCAGUUAUUCAAACACAAGAUCUCCAUCCUCAAUUCGGAAGAGAGUCAUGGCAAUGCCAAGAAUGGAACGUAGAAAGCUGUUUGUAGAUGAGACGUCAUCUACAAAGAGUGACGCUGAAAGUCGAACAAAUGUUGUAUCCAAUAUUUACAUGUCCGGUUCAAGUAGAAUGCACGAAGUUGGUACCCCUGAAUCCCAGGAGAAAAGAAUUUCAUUUAAUUCUGAAGUAAAAGAAAAUUUAGAUAAAACUCCAGAAGCUAAAAUGAAAAGCCCUUCAUCCGUGCUAAACCCUCCUUCCUCAUUGAAGAGAAAGACAAUCCGAGACUACUUUCUGAUCCAUAAAAGCAGUAAAAUGGCUUCUUCCAGCUAUUCAAACCCUCCUUGUGCUGCCUGCAAAUUCUUGAGGAGAAAAUGCUUGCCAAGUUGCACUUUUGCUCCAUAUUUCCCCCCCGAGGAGCCGACAAAGUUUGCCAAUGUACACAAAAUAUUUGGGGCUAGCAAUGUUAGCAAAUUGCUGAAUGAAAUCCCCCCUCAUCAAAGAGAAGAUGCAGUAAACUCUCUGGCAUAUGAAGCUGAGGCGCGAUUGAAAGAUCCUGUUUAUGGCUGUGUUGGAGCAAUAUCUGUUCUUCAAAGGCAAGUCCUUCAUCUUCAAAAGGAAUUAGAUGCUACAAAUGCUGAUUUGAUGCAAUAUGCGAACAAUGAUGCAACAUAUUCAUAUGGAGUUAUGUCCAAUUCAACGUUGUAUAAUGGAGGAGAGUCGAAUCUCGGAUCGAAUCUUCCGUAUGCUUCUCCAUGGAACAAUAGCUCUUCAAAUGAUUCCAAGAGCAUGUAA